AUGAAUUAUUCGUCUAAAUUUAAUAAUAUAAAUGAUUUUCGCGUAAGCGAAGAAAACAUAAUUGAAACUUUCACAAAAAAUGGGAAUAAUAUAUUUCUAAAUAAAUCUCGUUACACAGAGUUGUCUACAGGUGAAGAAAAAGCGGCAGACGUCAAAUGUUCAAAUUGUGAUAUAUUUUCUUCUAUGGACAAUAAAACAAAAAAUUUAUACCUAGGCGGUAAUGAUGUACUUCAUGAGGAAUCUUUUGUUAAAAAGCUCUUACAGAAAAUCCAAAUCUUAGAGAAUGAAAAAAAAUGCUUGCUAAAAUUUUUAGAAAAUAAAAAAAACAUAGAGUUGGACUAUAAAAAGGCAUUAGAAACUCAGACGGUCUUUAUUAAUUCAGAGAAUAAAAAAACGCAAUUUUAUGAAAACGAGUGGUUGGAAAUGAAAUCGAUAGGAUAUGCAUACUUAAAUUCAGGAAAGGAACCUUUAAGGCAAACAUUAAAACAAUUUUACGAAGAUCCAAACAUAUAUGAAAAAUUGGGAAAUUUGAAUGCCAUACAAGAAAUGGUUAUUGCAAACUUAAUAGAAGAUCAUAAAAAUUUGAUAAAGGAGAGAAAAGAAGCUUCAAAAAAAUACUACGAAGCAGUGAAUGCGAAUUUUCAAUUAUAUCAACAAAAUGAGAUGCUCAAAGCUCAAAAUUUUAAUUUCAUAGAAAAAAACAAAGACUUAAUAAAUGAAGAACUAGAAAAAAAGUUAAUUGCCCUUAAUUCGUCUUUGAUUGAUGUUCAAAAAGAAAAUAUUCAUUUGAAAGAAUUGGUUGAUCAGUAUUCAAGGUUAAUAAAAAAUAUAGAAAACUGCUCAGAGAUUAAUGUUGUAACUGAAGAGUUGGAUAAAUUUAAAAGCUCCUUACUAAUUUAA